GCAGAGUGUAAUGUUUAAUAGGAGCUGGUACCUGAAAGACCUAGUCAAGAGUUUUUAGACACCUUGAUGGGCAUUAUCUCGUGUUACAGUAGCACCCAGAAACUUUGAUCAGUUGUUUUUUUAAAAGUUUACAUUUUUUCCUUCCCUUUCUCUGUUCAGUCCAUGGGAGGAUCGACUCCAGACUCCGGCUCCAACUUUCCCAUCACUAUGUUGAACCAGCCAGAGUCCAGCGAGAACUUCAACAAAGAAGCCGAGAGGAAUAAACCGAUGCAAGACUACCAAGAGCUCAGAUAUGGAAUGCAGGACAGGUUCUUUUUAAUGGGAGACCAGUGUCAGAGCACCCCGGACUCUGUCCCUCUCCCAUAUCCGAGCCAGCACAUUUCGACCACCGGAAUCGCUGUAGGUAACUCCAGCAGGUAUUUGACACCGGCACUGCCUAACUGUCCUUAUACUGCCAAUAGAUCGCAGGUCCCCGGAGCGCCGAGCUACCCGACGCCAGGAACAGAGGUUUACGCGACGGGCACCGAUUCCUUCUCUGCUCCCUAUGCUCACUCCUUCCAGCGGACUUCCCUCUGCUCUGUGCCGGGGCUGCAGGUAUCUGGCAAAGUGCAGAUUAUGCUGUGCAACUAUCAGCUCUGGACUAAAUUUCACAAGCAUCAGACGGAGAUGAUCAUCACCAAACAAGGCAGGCGGAUGUUUCCUUUCCUGAGUUUUAACAUCACGGGGCUGGAUCCUUCUGCUCAUUAUAAUAUUUAUGUGGAUGUUGUCCUGGCAGAUCAGCAUCAUUGGAGGUACCAGGGAGGAAAGUGGGUGCAGUGUGGCAAAGCAGAAGGCAAUAUGCAAGGUAAUCGGACGUACAUGCACCCAGACUCUCCGAACACAGGGGCUCACUGGAUGCGCCAGGAAAUCUCCUUUGGUAAACUAAAGCUGACCAAUAACAAAGGAGCAUCCAACAACGUCACUCAGAUGAUUGUGCUGCAGUCUCUUCACAAGUACCAGCCCCGGCUGCACAUUGUCCAAGUGAAAGAGGAUGGUGCCGAAGAUCCAUACCUCACAUCCAAAAUGCAAGCGUUCACGUUCCCUGAAACACAAUUCAUCGCAGUGACCGCCUACCAGAACGCAGACAUCACCCAACUUAAAAUAGACCACAACCCUUUUGCAAAAGGCUUCCGAGACAAUUUUGACUCAAUAUACACCAACUCGGAAGGAGACCGACUAACUCCUUCUCCGCCAGACCAGCAGAACUGCCAGCAGUUGGUUCCCGCCCCACGCUACCAGCCUUUCCUACACGACCAGUACAUGAAUGCACUGCCACAGGGUAGAUACUACAAUGGGGAGCGGACUGUGUCCCACACGUCCAAACACCGGGAAGAUAUUACAAACCCUCACCGCUGGUUCAUGUCACCAGUACAGCAGUCUAACACCAACCGGCUGGAUUUCAGUACGUAUGAUCCUGAAUACACAGGAAAUGCAUUUAUGACUUACAGCAUGAAAAGUUUCCCACUUCAAGCAAGCCCCCAUGCCCUUGGUUACUACCAAGAUCAUCCAUUCAGUUCAGGGAAUACCUGGGGCACUAGGGGACCUUCUCAGUAUCAUCACAGCAAGCCUGGUUCUGCACUGACCUGGUACAGGCCUGUAGGUGAUACCAGGCCAACGCUGCCCAACGUAGAGGACAAAAGCAAGGAAACAGAGGACUCUUCCUGGCUUGAGCCUCCCUCUGUAAAGUCAGCGGACUCCUCUGAUUCGGGACUGUAUGAGGUUGAUUGUAAACGGAGGAAGGUGUCCCCCUAUACCUCAAGCACCGAGAACUCGCCCCCCAAUCAGAGCAGCGAGAAGGAAAAUGGAAGUGAUACCGGUUACUACAGCUUUUAUGCCAACUGAAUCGCUGCAGACGAGAUCAAUCCCACUGUGCUGCAAACCAAUUCUGCAUCAAACCCUCUCACCUCACCACUCGGGUUGGAGUUCCCUUUGAAAUCUAAAUAAGUUUUCUUACAGCAGUCCUGAGAGAGAGAGAGGGAGGGAGAAAGCUUCAUGGAACUGCAGAGUUUAAAACUGCCCUGUGGUAGAAAGGGUGCUCUCUGCAGAAUUUUGAGGCCAUGUGUAUGAAGUGUUGUACUGAUGGACUGUUACUCCAGUUAAAGUGAUAUAAAUGGGUGUUACAGGGAAAUAAAAACAUUUCAUUCAAGCACAAGUUUAUCAUUCAUUGGUGGGUUCUCACGUCUGGGUAUGUCGUUUUCUUAUGUACAAUAGAAUGCCAGGUAGAUGUCUUAUAAUUGCAAUAUACAGAGUGGAAAAAACAAUAAAAAUUACCAGUUAUAGAUUGUUUCAAGCAUCUGGUUGCAAAACACAGAGGCAAAAGGUACAUUUAAUAUAUGCAUAUAUCUAUUUACUGUGUUUAAAGAGUUAUUGUUUCACUUUAAGAAUGUGCUUUUUCUAAUUCAGUAUUUUUCAUCACACUGCCAAGGAAUAGCAAGCUGGCAGCUUCAACACAGCAACAUUAAAGAAAACUGACUCUGCCCCUCUUUACAGAACAUAUAAUACUGGGACUGUGAAUGUGUUGUAAUUGACCUGGAAGUUGACCAAGCCUUUAUUUUUGUUUUAAAAAAAAAGUCUGUUUUAUAAUGAAAUAAAUUAAAUGCUGAGUAAAACAAAAAGCUGUGGUGAUUAUAUUUGUCAUUUUUGGCAGUUUUUGCAUCCCUAUCAUAAACUGAUCUGGCAACACCACCAUUAUUUUAUUCAUCUUGCUUCUACAGUUUCUCAUUCCCAAUCACCAGCCCUCAGUCCACAUUCUACCCCUCCCUAUUUGGAAUGCACUGAAUACCUGGAGCAGGAUUCUACAGCAUUCUUUUUCCAGGGCUGGUUCAUUAAAAUUGUGAUGGACAUUAUCGGCAAUCUCAGCCCUUGAGCCAAUGCCCAUUAUGGUGGACCGCAUUCCCAAUGUCAAUCAAGGGUGAUGACCUCCUGCCUGAUAUAUUGUCCUCCACCACCACUUAGGGGCUAGUAUCCAAUUCUAAAGCUCUAACCUAUGACCUUCAGUGACUUUGACUACCAGGUAUCAAAUGAAGAUUAUCUGCCACUCAAUUGGCAAUUGAGACAUGGAGAAGGAGAUAGCUGUUCUAUAUUAUGUGGGGGCUGUAUGUAAAUAUUUUGAUGUAAUUAUUUUGCGACCAUUUGUAAAUGGCUUCAAUUCUGGAAAUUGUAAAGGCUUUGGAAUCAACCAACAUCAGUACUGGCCACGUGACUUAAAAUGUGAAGAUGCACAAUAAGUUAUAUUAAAAAAAUGCUCCUCCUGUGUCAGUGUUAAGUGUGAAAUCUUUCUUGAGCAUGGAGUUUUAUUCCUGAUUACUUAAUUUAUUCAAAAAUCCUUGGUGUACAUUACUGGUUAAUGUAGUAUAUAUUGAAUAAAUGUACCUCAAA